AUGACCAACCUCCCAAAACCUCCAGACCUCCUCGAAACCAUCACCGCCGUCCUAACCUCCACCAAACCCCCACACCUCCUCCACUCCCUCAAACCCUACCUCCCCCACCUCACCGAGCCCCUCCUCCUCUCUCUCCUCCGCUCCAAAACCCUAGCCUCCCACCCCGCCACCCUCCUCAGCUUCUUCCACUGGGCCCGGGCCCACCUCCCCCUCUUCCACCAAACCCCUCGCCCCCUCCUCACCCUCCUCCCCUCUCUCUUCUCCCACAACAAAUUCUCCGACGCCAAAACCCUAUUAAUCCAAUUCAUCUCCUCCGACUCCCAAAACCGCCUCCACCGCCUCCUCCUCCGCCCCGACGACGCCGUCCCCCGCCACUCCAAGGCCCUCCUCGACACCUCCAUCGGCGCCUACGUCCACGUCGGGAAGCCCCACCUCGCCGCCCAGCUCUUCACCAAAAUGAAGAAGCUCCGGUACCGGCCCAACGUCCUCACCUGCAAUACUCUCAUCGGCGCUCUCGUGAAAUGUAACACCUCUCAUUCUGUAGCAAUGUGUGUUGAUAUUGUUAGUGAUGCGAUUCGAUUAGGGAUUAGUGUGAAUACUAGUACUUUCAAUGUUCUGAUAUAUGGUCAUUGCUUGGAGAAUAAGUAUUGUAAUGCCGUCGAUUUGCUGACUAGGAUGAGUGAUUUCGGAUGCGUAGCUGAUAUUGUGAGCUUUAAUACGGUGUUGGAUUGGUUGUGUAAGAAGGGGAGGUUGAGCGAGGCGAGGGAGUUGUUGGUGGAGAUGAAGUCGAGAGGGGUGGUGCCGAAUAGGAAUACUUAUAAUAUUCUGGUUUAUGGGUAUUGUAAGUUGGGAAUGUUGAAGGAGGCGGCGCAGGUGGUGGAGUUGAUGAGGGGGAGUCAUUUGUUGCCGGAUGUUUGGACGUGUAAUAUGUUGGUUAGUGGGUUGUGUGGAGCGGGGAGGGUUGAAGAGGCGAUGGGGGUGAGGGAUGAGAUGGAGAAGUUGAAGCUGGUGCCGGAUGUUGUCACGUAUAAUACGUUGGUUGAUGGGUGUUUUGAAAGGGGUGAUGAGUCCAAGGCGUUGGAGUUGCUUGAGGAGAUGCGUGAAAGGGGAGUGAGAGCAAAUGAAGUUACGCAUAAUAUAAUGGUGAAGUGGUGUUGUAAGGAAGGGAAGAUGGAUGAAGCGAGUGAUACGAUCAGGAAGAUGAAGGAAGAUGGCUUUGCUCCUUCUCGUGUCACUUACAAUACUCUGAUUAGUGGGUAUUGCAAAGCAGGGAAAAUGAAAGAAGCAUUUACGAUGAUGGAUGAGAUGGGUAGGGAAGGUUUGAAUAUGGACACUUAUACACUCAAUACCAUUCUUCACGCAUUUUGUAAUCAGAAGAAGCUAGACAAGGCAUUUGCAUUGUUUCGUAGUUCGGUUGAGAGGGGUUAUAUACUUGAUGAGGUGACCUAUGGAACUCUGAUUAUGGGAUGCUUUAAGAAUGAAAAUCCAGGCAAGGGUUUGGAGCUUUGGGAAGAGAUGAAGGAGAAACAGGUCCUUCCUAGCAUUGUCACUUACAAAUCUAUAAUUGGAGGGCUAUGCCAGUUUGGGAAAUCCGAACAAGCAGUUGACAAGUUGAAUGAGCUUGUAACAACAGGUCUAAUCCCUGAUGAACCUACAUACAACAUGAUAAUUCAUGGAUAUUGUCGUGAGGGUCUGGUUGAGAAAGCAUUUCAGCUUCACAACAAUAUGGUGGAGAAAUCAUUCACACCAGAUGUCUUUACAUGUAAUAUUCUUCUUUCUGGACUGUGCAAUCAGGGUAUGUUAGAAAAAGCUGUUAAGCUUUUUAAUACCUGGAUUUCUAGAGGAAAGGACGUUGAUACGGUUACAUACAACAUAUUGAUAUCUGGCCUUUGCAAAGAAAGGAGGUUUGAUGAUGUCUUUGGUCUUUUUGCCGACAUGAAAGAAAAGAAAUUAGCUACUGACCAGCAUACAUACAGAGCCAUUUUCAAUGCACUAACUGAUACUGAUAAUAUUAAGGAAGCAGAGGUUUUUAUAUCGAAAAUGGUUGAAAUGGGGAACUUACAUGAUUGGUCCUUGGAAGUGGAUAAGGGGCCAGAUGGGGUGACCUUUGAAUCUGCAGUAGAAUCUGAUCCAACCACACUAGCUUAUUCAGACCAGAUCAGUCAUUUGUGUACGCAGGGAAAAUACAAGGAUGCCAUCAACAUUUUGCGGGAGUCGAAGCAGAAAGGUAUCCUUUUAACUAAAGAUGUUUAUAUACAUGUAAUGGAAGGGUUGAUUAAAAGGCGAAGACGUACAUCAAAGGUUGUUAGGUUGUAGUGAUAACUUGGUGCUAUCUUACACAAUGUCCUUGAUAAUGAAAAUAGUAAAAAGGUGGCUGGAAUAAAGGGAAUAUAGACAUUGCCUCCUGGGUUUAAAGCAUGACUCCAGCUCCUGACUUCCAACUUCUUCCCUGGGGUAAAUGGAGAUGUGCAAUUGUUAGUGACUUAAUGAGGGGCAGGCGAUAUAUAAACUUCAGGUCAUAUACAGAUUUCAGUGGUUUUGUUGAUUCAAAUGCAUUGGUUUGCUGCUAUGCUCUGCACUGACAGCCCGAUACUGUUUGUCCGGAAUUCGUUGGUAGUCAAAUGAUUGCUGGAACAAAGAGGGCAUUGUCCUGGCCUCCUAGGGUUAAAGCUUGCGUCCAAUACUAUAGUUGAACUUUGAUCAGUGAUUCUCAACUGUCAGACACCAUUACAUCUUACUUUGGAUAAAUCAGAAAGUUAGUGACUGUCCAUACACGCGUAUCAGCAUUGAGUGCAGAUUUUGCAUGCUUCAUUGGUUCAAAUUCAUGUGUUGGUGGUCAAUUCUUUGAAAACAGCAGCAGCUCCUCAUUUACUGAGAAUCUCAGCAACGUUUUUUCUGCUGUGGUUUCGCCUUUACUGUAUAGUUGCUUGUAAAUUAUGAAGGAAAGAGUUGUAAGCAAACAGAACUGAUUGUAUGGUAUUACCAUCUCAUGGUAUUAUAAUGACAUUGUCAUCUGUCCUUUCUAGCAAGGGGAAGGCAA